AUGACCGAAGAUGACCACGAUCAUGGCGCAGACGCCUCCGACGCCGUCAACUCCGACCUCGAAGACGAGACAGGAUCCUUCUCCAAGGACCACGACAGCAUGGCCGGUCACGAAUCCGCCGGCCCCAACGGCGCCGUCAAGAAGAAGUACGACCCCAAGGACCCCUCCAGACCUCGUCGCAAGAAGGCCAGGCGCGCCUGCUAUGCUUGCCAGAGAGCCCAUCUCACCUGCGGUGACGAGCGACCUUGUCGGCGCUGCAUAAAGCGCGGCCUCGGAGACGCCUGCCAGGACGGCGUGCGCAAGAAGGCGAAAUACCUCCACGACGCACCACCCGAGGCGCUGCGCCCCGUCCUCGGCCCCAACUACAACCCCGGCACCUCGGACGGCAGCGGCACGACGACGCCUAGGCAGCAGCACCAGCAGCAGGAUUCCUCGGCACAGUCAGACUCCGCCUCUGCCGCGCCGGCGAGCGACUUCUACUCUCAGAGCAGCCUGUCGACGUUCGCGACACCCAUGUACCCCACCCAGCCCGGCGGGCAGCAGCCGACGCAGGCCGGCGCCGGCGGCGGUGCCGGCAGCGGCAGCAUGGCCGAAGGCAUGUCGUUCGCCUCGUCGCAGCCGCCGUCGACGGUGUCGCCCAGCUUCAACACGCCGGGGUCGGCGGCCGACAACGGCACGCCCCAGGUCGAAGGCCUGCUGGGGGCGAACCCGCAGAUGGACCUCAACGCCCUGUUCGACCCCAGCAACCCGGCCCUGUACAACUUCGACCUCGAGGGUCUCGACUUUGGCAGCCAGUACGCCGGGUGGGAGUUUGGCAUCCUCAACAAGAUGGGCCUCGGGGCCGAGACGCCGCCGCGCGAGAACUCGAUGUCCCAGACGACGCCCACCGACUACUCUUCCGUAUUCGGGAGCCGCCAGCAGCAGCAGCAGCAGCAGCAGCAGCAGGCGGGCUUCGACGGCAGCAGCAUGGCCGCGCCCUUCGCAUCUGGCCUGGACGGCGCCACCCAGACCAUGUACACGCAGGGCAACCUCCAGCACGGCCUGCCGCACGCGUACGCCAUCGCGGCGGGGCCUACGAGCCUGGCCAGCCCCAGCACGGACGCUACGGCGAGCCCGCAGAAUGUCGGCACGUCGCCGGGCGGCUUUGGCGGGAACGGAAACGGCAACGGCAACGGCAACAACGGCAGCGGCAGCGGCAGCGGCAGCGGCAACAAGGGCAUGACGUCGACGACGCCGCGCAUCAAGCCGAAGCAGCUCAAGCUGAACCAGUCGAUCCUGGGCAAGCGCCCGCAGCGCGACACGGCGUCCGUCUACGACAGCGUCAAGGAGCCGUACCCCUACACGGCCGGGUUCCACAACAUGGUGCUCGUGCUGCGCAAGCGGCUGCCGAUCAACAAGCUCCUCCGCAUCGCCAAGACGCUGAGCGAGAUCCGCCCGUCCUUCAUCUCGUCGACCAAGGACCUGACGCGCGAGGACCUGGUCUUCAUGGAGAAGUGCUUCCAGCGCACCCUCAUCGAGUUCGACGACUUCCUCCAGCACUGCUGCGCCCCGACCAUCGUCUGCCGCCGGUCCGGCGAGGUGGCCGCCGUCAACAAGGAGUUCACCGCCCUGACGGGCUGGACCAAGAAGGUGCUGCUGGGCAAGGAGGCCAACCAGGAUAACGGUCAGGGUACGCCCUCGAAAACACAGCACCAGAGGCGGCAGCAGCAAGGGAUGCUGAGCAAUCGCGUCACUACCAUCGAUGGGGAGCACGGUAUCUCGAGGAUAGAGCAGGACGGAAAAGUGGCCUGCACGUAUUGCUGGACUAUCAAGAGGGACGUCUUUGAUAUUCCGAUGAUGAUUAUCAUCAAUUUCCUGCCACGAUACUAUCCCAACCAAGAGCCUAGCCAACUCAUGGUCUGA